GUAACGCACAGUGUUGUCCAAAUAGCUGCCAAAAGAUAUGGAGUUCUUGAGACCCGAUUCCGAUUCCGAAUACGCUUUCCGAUUGCAGAUGGAAGAGGCCCUCGCUGCCUCUCUCUCCUCCCGAUCUCGUACCCCUUAUCGCCCACCGUCUCCUCCCGUCGUCGCCACGUCUGGAUUCGCUAUCGUUGUGGACAACGGUUCGUCGACGCCAGAGACCGUACGUCGCAGAAACACCACUAGCGGAGAAGGUAACUCGAGAGGGAAAACAGUCUCUGUUCCACGGGGAGACGCUCGAAACCCUAACAGUAAAGUCGGUAACUUCCAGAACGCUUUUGUGAGACCUUCUCCGACGCGAUCAGUCGCCGCCGGCGAGGGGAGUUCGAAGGUUGGUGGUGGCGUGAGGGGGGGUUUCAGGGGAGACGUGAUGUACAGGGUUUACUUCAAGGGUUUGGUGAGUGAAGAGAGUGGGAGUGGUAAAGGGAAAGUGAGUGACUUGGUGGCUGGGUUUGGGGUUGCGAUUUGCGACCAGAGGGAUGUUCUUUUGUUUGAGUUGAAAGGACAGUUGGUUGGGCGUGGCGCGAAUCGUCAAGGUGCGGAGAUUCAGGCGUUGACACGUGGGUUGACUGAAGCGUGGAAGCUUGGGAUCAAACAUGUUUCUAUCUUCUGCGAUUCUUUCCCCAUUUUCCAAUACGUCAGGGGAAUUUGGACGCCUAAGCAAAAGAAGAUUGCCAUGCUAAUGGAUGAUUUGCAACGGAUCAGGCAACAAUUCUCGUUUAGUCAAGCUGUUCUGGUGGCUGGGAAUGAAGUGAAAUAUGCUUAUAAACUUGCUAGAGAAUCAAUAGUUUCGCAAGAAACCCCUCCUCUUGAAAAUCCCCGCCAAGCAAAAGUAGCUCGGAAAGAAGAGUGUCUUAUCUGUUUCAACGAUAUAGAUCCUGAGCGCAUGUUUUCUAUCGGUAAAUGCAAUCAUCGCUUUUGCUUUCAAUGUGUGAAGCAACAUGUCGAAGUGAAGCUGCUUCACGGAAUGAUUCCGAAUUGUCCUCAUGAUAAAUGCAAGUGUGAGAUGGUUAUCGAUGCUUGUGGCAAGCUUUUGACUCCGAAACUGGGUGACAUGUGGAAGCAAAGAAUCAAAGAGAAUGCAAUACCUGUCACAGAGAGAGUUUACUGUCCUUACCUGAGGUGUUCCGCUUUGAUGUCCAAAACCAAGAUAUCUGAAUCUGCCAAGAGCUUACAGUCUGCUUACCCUGCAUCUGGAGUCAGGAGAUGUGUUGAAUGUCGUGGUCUCUUCUGUGUGGACUGUAAAGUCCCGUGGCAUGGAAAGAUGUCAUGCACUGAAUACAAGAAACUGCAUCCUAAUCCUCCAGCAGAUGAUGUGAAGCUAAAAUCUUUAGCAAGCAAUAAAAUGUGGCGCCAAUGUGGCAAGUGCCAACACAUGAUUGAACUUAGUCAAGGAUGCAAUCACAUAACUUGCAGAUGUGGGCAUGAGUUUUGCUACAACUGUGGAGGAGGAUGGAACCAAAAAACAGGGACAUGUGUUAAGCAAUGUCCGACCUGGAACGAAGCAUACAUCAUGCGUCAAGAUCCAGGGCGUGCGUAUGUGGCACCUAACAACUACUUUGAUGAUCAUGAUGAUGAUGAGGAGGAUGAUGAUUAUGAAGCUGAUGAAGAUUUUGAUUACGGCUAUGGUGACUACCCCUUUAAUUUAGGCCAGCAUAUGAAUGAUGUUAAUCCUGAAGAGCCCUUUGAUCCCUUCUUCGACCUGCCAGAUGGUGUGCUCUUUCUCCCACAUAUGUUGUCUCCCAGGAGCCGUCAACAAUUUUACGACUCCGAUGAUAAUUCUGAUGAUGAGGAAACGGGUCAACCACCUCAUUUGAGACAGAGUAACGCCCCGUCUGGUAAUGAGACAACAAGAGUUAAUGCUCAUUUGAGACAGAGUAAUGCCCCGUCUGGUAAUGAGACAACAAGACUUAAUGCUCAUUUGAGACAGAGUAAUGCCCCGUCUGGUAAUGAGACAACAAGAGUUAAUGCUCCACUUGAGGAAGAAGAAGAAGAAGUGGACGACUGCCCAUACUUUGGAGGGUAUGGAGAGUACGGUAUAGUAUAUGACUCGGACGGCUAUGAAAUCGAGGAUUACUCGAACCCUUUCCAUCCAGAUAACUAUUGAGGUGUAAUUUGGAACCAAAGUUCGUCCUUUUUUUUUUUUAAAGUCUCCAGGGCCAAACUCUUUCUGACCUUUUGGGCUGUAAUAUUUUUGGAGGUUCAUUUGUUUUUACUAUGACUUCUUGUUGCGUUUGAGUUUGGGAGAUUUAGAAAAGUGCAAACUUGGAAUUUUAGAAACCUUGCGUCUGAAGGUAGGGCUUUUGUUUCACCGUAUUGUUUAGUUCCGUCUCGCUUCUGUUAAU